GUUCAUCUUCCUCACUUACUCUUACACUCCCUUACUUGAUCUCUGAGCAUCUACUCGCGUUUCUCUUCAGCCAACCUACCUAAUCUCAGGAUCAUCGCCUCGGCGCAUCACAUAACACCAUGGCUAACUACCUCGCCUCCAUUUUCGGUACAGAACAAGACAAGGUCAACUGCUCCUUCUACUACAAGAUCGGUGCCUGUCGACACGGCGAUCGCUGCUCGCGCAAGCAUGUCAAGCCCUCGUACUCGCAGACCAUCCUGAUGCCGAACAUGUACCAAAAUCCCGCCUACGACCCGAAGAACAAGAUGAACCCGAGUCAGCUGCAGAACCACUUUGAUGCAUUCUAUGAGGAUGUGUGGUGUGAGAUGUGCAAGUACGGCGAGUUGGAGGAGCUGGUUGUUUGCGAUAACAACAAUGACCACUUGAUUGGCAACGUCUACGCCCGCUUCAAGUACGAGGAAGACGCACAGGCCGCCUGUGAUGCGUUAAACUCCCGAUGGUACGCAGCGCGACCGAUAUACUGCGAGUUAUCACCGGUGACGGACUUCCGGGAAGCGUGCUGUCGGUUAAAUAGCGGGGAAGGCUGCGUUCGUGGCGGCUUUUGCAAUUUCAUUCAUCGCAAGGAUCCCAGUAAUGAGCUAGAUCGGGAGUUGCGGUUGAGUACGAAGAAGUGGCUGAAGGAACGGGGACGCGAUGCUCGGAGUGUCAGUCGCAGUCCCAGCCCGGAGCCCACCCGGCGGAGAUACUAGGUUGUUGUUCUUGUUCGUUUGUGGGGGAAAAGGGUCCAUGAGCUUUGGGAUUCGUCGCUUCUUCUCUUUUUUUUUUCUUUCUUUCCAUUUCUCUUAAUCAUCAUCUGUAUAACGAUUUGUGGCGUUUAUCGGGGAAGUCUGAACCUCAUCAUGACAUUGUCACUUGUAUUUUCGAUUCCCAUUCUUUUUUUUUUUUU